AUUGAACUGUGCACAAUAGACUUGUUCGUACUUAGUUAAAAAAUACAUUAUGUAUUGCCGGUGGUGGUAGUUUCAUGACAAGUGCAAAUCAUACGGCUUGCACAAUAUAGCCUUAGCUUAGUAUUCGUUUGAAUUACUGUCGCCUGUGUUUAUAACAGCAGCAUUGUGAAAUGUAUGUUCUGGGCACUGUGGUUGCAUCCUUGGUUUGUUUUCUGCUUUUGAAAUGGACAAAGAAGAGACGAUUCUGCCUCGAUACAAAAAGACUACAUGGCAAGACAGUACUUAUCACAGGAGGACAUUGUGGGAUUGGGAAGGAGACCGCGAUCGGUCUGGCUGUGAGAGGAGCCCGGGUGAUUAUUGCCUGUCGAGACGCUGGGAAAGCCGAAGAGGCUGUGAGGGAGAUUAGGAGAGUGAGCUGCAGCAUGAACGUGCAGCACAUGGAGCUGGACCUGGCGAACCUGCAGUCCAUCCGAGACUUCAGUGAGGCACUGCUGAAGAGAGAGAAGCGGCUGGAUGUGUUGAUCAAUAACGCUGGAAUGCCAUGUGUCCUGGACUGGACAGACGAUGGCUUCAGCAUGUGUUUUGGCUUCAACCACCUGGGUCACUUUCUGCUCACCAAUCUCCUGUUGGGCCGCUUGAAGGAGUCGGCCCCGAGCCGUGUCAUCAGCCUCACCUCCUCUAUGUACAAGUACCAGAAACUGGACUUCCAGGACCUGAACUACAACAUCGUGCCUUUCUUCACCUACUGCCGCAGCAAGCUGGCCAACAUCUACUUCACUCAGGAACUGGCCAGGAUGAUGGAAGGGAAAGGAGUGACUGCAUAUUCUGUACACCCAGGGUUUGUUCACAGUAACUGGACGUCCCACUUCUCCACAGUGUUCCGCAUGCUCCUCUGGUUGGUCAUGGUCUUGUUUUCCGUGCCCUGUGAAGCUGCUGCUCAGACUGUCAUUCAUUGUGCUGUAGCAGAUGAAGUCCUACAGCACAACGGAAAGUUUUUUUUCGACUGCCAGCCCGCCAAACUCCACCCCUUCGCGGAGGAUGAGGGGGCUGCUAAAAAACUGUGGGAAGCAAGUGAGAGGAUGGUAAACCUCACCUGACAGAACCGCGGUUUGAUUUGGUGACUGAUGAUUAAAGAUUGGAGUUCAAACCACUGAAGUCAAUGGGACAUGGUCUUAAGUGAAUAACUACCUGGGUUUCAUUGCCAUCAGUGGUUUACACUCACGGGAAACGCACAGGUUGGAACGCUUCAUUCUGUUAAACUGCAGUUUAAAUUUACUUGAAUGUUCCUGUGCUGACGCAGAUCAAAGUGAAAAUGAAUGCACUGGGUUUGCUAAAGCCUGGAUGAAUGUAGAGGAGUCCCAGCUCGGAGUCUGCAUUUCUUAUUGAUUCUCAGCCUGGAUGAAUGUAGAGGAGUCCCGGCUCGGAGUCUGCAUUUCUUAUUGAUUCUCAGCCUGGAUGAAUGUAGAGGAGUCCCGGCUCGGAGUCUGCAUUUCUUAUUGAUUCUCAGCCUGGAUGAAUGUAGAGGAGUCCCGGCUCGGAGUCUGCAUUUCUUAUUGAUUCUCGGCCUGGAUGAAUGUAGAGGAGUCCCGGCUCGGAGUCUGCAUUUCUUAUUGAUUCUCGGCCUGGAUGAAUGUAGAGGAGUCCCGGCUCGGAGUCUGCAUUUCUUAUUGAUUCUCGGCCUGGAUGAAUGUAGAGGAGUCCCGGCUCGGAGUCUGCAUUUCUUAUUGAUUCUCAGCCUGAAUGAAUGUAGAGGAGUCCCAGCUCGGAGUCUGCAUUACUUAUUGAUUCUCAGCCUGGAUGAAUGUAGAGGAGUCCCAGCUCGGAGUCUGCAUUUCUUAUUGAUUCUCAUGCUGUAAAGUUCUUGUUCUUUACACUAAAAUGCAAAUGAACUAUUCCAGCCUGUAGCAAUACUGUUUAAUGUAUUUCUGGACUGUUCCUGCUGUAUAACAAUAGCAGAGUGAGUUUUUGGCGUGGGUACAGUAUGAUACAUUACUGUAGGAGGGGGUCCUGCACCACAGUAAGACAUUCUCAGGUUAUUUACAACCCACCAGAAUGUACUGUAAUUGAAUCUAUAUUGCAGUAUGACCUCUGUGCUCUUUAUAAUAGUGUCCGUGUCUCUUCUCCUAUAGUAUUCCUUACUUGAAUGAGUGGCUGUUCUGCUACAGUAUUCCUUGCUUGCAAAUCCACAGUGUCUCAGAUAUAGCACCAACUUUGUAUUUUGUUACAGAUAAACUACCAAAAAAGAAAUUGCUAACUACAGCUGCAGUGGGAUCCAUAUAUAAUGUACAUUCGAAUGCAUGUGAAGUGAAAAUGUUUUAAAAUGCCAGUAUAUGUUGUGAGUUAUGCAUUAUUCUCUUUUUAUUUUUGUUAUUUUAUAUAAUUCUAUGUAUAAGCGCACACAAUAUGACUUGCAUGAAAUAAAAAAUAUAUUUCUCAGGUUUAAAACUGA